UUAGCGCCUUUACGUAGACCACAUGCAGCUGCUUUCUUAAAAUGCCCUCAUGAGGGGUGGGUCAGUCACUGGCUCCCUCGUUCAGCCCAGAGAGAGAAUGGCGACGGCAAAGGAGAGGUCCACCCAUGCUCAGGGAUUUUCCCCACAUCCCUCGCUAGGCUGAGCAGCAGCAGCAGUGUGAGAAGCACACCAGCACCCUGGCACCACCACCACACACAGCACAGCACUGCAACCUCGCCUUCCGUGACUCCUUUCUGUGGUGUCUGCCAAGAAGUGUGUAGUUCUGUGACAUAAACACACCAGCACACUGGUACCACCACUGCUACCACUGUACAAAGCACUGCAGUCUCCAGUCUUCAGUGACUCCUUCCUUGUGGGUGGCUGCUGAGAAAGCUAUGGAAAGCUGGGUCCUGGAGGGGGACAGCUACUCCUUAAUAAGCGGCGCCCCCCCUCAGCCCUUCAACCUGCAGAGCAGAGCGAACCAAGUGCCCAAUCGAGUGGAGAUCUUCGACAUCACCCGAGUGUGCCCGAGCGUACCCAACGUGAUUUCGGAGACCACCUGCCUCUGCGACAUCUUCGGUGGUGAGGACAGUGACGCGAGCUCCCUCCCGAGCAGCCCCGCCACCGCUUUGAGAAGGGCGCCGGUUGCGGGUGCUGGUGUGGGUGAGGGGGUGAGACGUUUGGAAGGCGGUGCAGGUGGCACGAACGAUUCAUCAGGAUCUUAUCACACAGCGAACACCUCGGAGCAGCGUUCCAGUGACGCAGGUGAUAAAUGUGAGGAUUCAAAGGAGGCUGUUCCGUGCACACUCAAAAGUGAUCUGAAAUCGUCUGGAUCAACAGCUCCAACAGAUGGUCAGGGCUCAAUUAAGUCCUCACAAGCAGCUGAGAGUCUUCAAUCCGACUCGGUGUCUGUUCCGGGGACAGUCACUGGGCUUUGCUCUAAAUCUCGGGACAUAAAUUCAAGUUCCCCAGCAGAGGCUUUACAGAACAACGCAUCCUCUGAUUCCUUAAUUUAUUCCGGUGGCAGAGAGGUGAACUCCCCUGAACUCAGGAACACAGCUUCCUCUCCUACUCACAAAGAUAGCGCCGCAUCGAGGGGUAAAACACAGUCAUCUCAGAGUGAGAGGUCUGGAAAAAGCUCAGUGCAGCCAACCUUAGCACGCAUCUCUGAGAAAGAGGAGGAUCUCUCAGCACAAGAUGACGUUCGAAAUGUAGAGGCGGUGAUCGGCCGGAAAAACGUUUGUCCAAUUCCUAUUUUUUCAAUCAUACCCCAAUUUAGAGACAGUCCUUUAUUUUUUGCUGGACAAGGGAAUACACCGAAAUUGAACAGAGUCAAUCAAGUGCCUUUGUACCCUAUCAUACCACACCUGCCUGGUAAUCUGAUAGCACCCUUACUUAAGGAAGAGGGUGAGGAUUUUAUUACUCAAAACAAAUCACCCACUGUGAGAGACAUUGACGGUCAGAGUGAGGCGACAUUAUUGUCAGCACCUCAGGAGAUAUCUGGUUCUUCAGACGCUUUGACAGCAUCUGUGAGUGAAGAAACCACAACAGCAGCAUCCGCUAGGGAGGAGCCUGAGGUAGACCAUAUUGAAACAGGCCACACCACAACCUCUGACCAACUGAGGUGUAGCGUGCCUUUAUGUCCAAUAGCCCCAUAUUCUCCUAUACCUGAGGAGCCAGAAGUAAACCAUAUUGAAACAGGCCCCGCCACUCCUUCAGAUCAGCUAAGGAGUAGCCUCCCCUCAUCGCCUACAACCCCGUGUUCUCCUAUCCCAGAGGAACCAGAGGAAAACCAUAUUGAAACAGGGCACACCUCCCCUUUGGAUAAAGUAAGGAGUAGCCUCCCCUCAUCUCCUGUAAGCCCAUGUUCUCCUAUACCUGAGGAGCCUGAGGAAAAUGAUAAUGAAACAGGCCACACAUCCCCUUCAGAUAAACAAAGUAUCCCAUCAUCUCCCAUAACUAAUAUUGAAACGGGCCACACAACCCCCUCAGAGCAACUAAAGGGUCCGGUAGCCUCACAUUCUCCUGUGCCUGAGACUGUGUGCUCACCUGAUCCUCAGGCAGUUACUGAUCCAUCUAAAUCAGAGUUAUCUUCUAAUGAGCCUGAGGAAGUUGCUGUAGCUUGUAAUACUACUGAGCCAUCAGCCUUACCUGAGAGGUUCUCCCCUGGGAUUAGAGAAGUUUCACAUUCAUCUGAAUCUAACAAAGAAUUUAACAAUUCUUCCUCUAAUAUAGAGAUAGUUGAUGAGACUUCAGUGCGAGCGGAGAGUUUUUCAUCGGAAACCAGAGAAGUUUCAUAUUCAUCUCAAUUAAACACAGAAUCUAGUAUUUAUUCAUCUAAUGCUGAGAUAGUUGAUGAAUCUUCAGUCUUAACAGAAAGAUUCUCUUCUGAAAGCAGAGAAGGUUUAAAUGCAUAUGAACUUGACACAUCAUGUAACAUUUCCUCAUCUUAUACUGAAAUAAUUGAAGAAGAGUCUUCAGUGUUAACGGAAAGGUUCUCACCAGAAGCAAGAGUAGUGUUACAUUCACCUGAACUUCACACAGAAUCCAACAUUUCUUCAUCUUCUAAUACUGUGUUCAUCACCAAAUCACCCGAGUUAAUCACAGGUUCUGUUGAUCCCACAGUAGUUGUUAGUUCACCUAAGGAAGAGGAGUUACCUUACCGCCACACACCUGAGCCUAUAGUAGGGUUCACUAAUUCACCUCAACCCCCGACAUCUUCCACUGCAUACUCAGGCGACACUUGUUCAGGAACUGAGCCUGAACUCACAGUCGUUCUACAAGAACUAGAAGAUUUCUCAAAUUUCUCUGAAGACUUAGACUCUUUUAAUUCCCCAGAGCCUGAACUGGCAAAUCAAUUUAUUUCACCUGAACGUGCUGAAAUUUGUUCCACACCUGAAACUGAAUUGGCUUCAAAUUUUGCCUCACGCACGCCCACAGCUGAGUAUUCCUCACAACAGUCCUCAUGCCUCAGCAUCUCACCUCACUCUACUGCAGUGGCAAAUUCAGCUGAGCUCCCAUUUGUUGCCAAUUCACCUGAGCCCAAAGGAAUCCAUCCUCCAUUUAAGUCCACAGGAGGAGCUUCUUCAAGUCAGUCAAUCACUGUUUCUCCUGAACCUAGUGUGGUCAUCAGUCCACCUGUGCCUGAGGUAUACGCAAAAUUACCUGAUAAUUUAGUCAUCAGAAACUCUGACCCCAUACUGGUAACUAUUACACCAGAACCAAUGCUAACUGGUGCAAGUGCGGGUGCAUCCCCAGUCUCUUCUCCCUCUGACGCGUUCAAAAUCCUUCAGUCUCCUGAGCCUAGAAUAAUAUCUGUCUCACCAGAAUCUGCAUUUCAGGCCGCGGCAUCGAUGUUCAAUCCUGACUGCCCUUCACCGGAAAUUCGGAUAACAUACUCAGAAGAGCCCAGAACAACAUCCUCUCCUGCUGAAAACGUGAGAAUGAGCUACUCUCCUGAAGCCCGAGGUGUGUCUGUUUCGCCACAUUCUGUUCACAUCGCCUCACGGCCAACUUCGGGAAGAGGUGCCCUGACACCUGAGAUGCACACUGGCAACAGUGGAAUCCCAUCACCAGAGCGCACCAAUAGAACUUCUCACAGAACCCCGAAUAGAAGCCCCAAUAGAACCCCUUCACCCUUCCAAAGCAUAACUGCCCCUCAGGUGAUGAAUAUGCCAUACAGCAUUGUAGCAUUUGAUGGCAGGCUUGUAGAGCCAGAGGAACUUAAGCGGUUAGGUUGCAGUUUAGUACAACAUGAGGCGAAGAACACGGCCCAAUCACCUGACCGCCUCUCUAUCAGAAGCCCUGAAAACUCUAGUCUUGUGGCAGACACCAGGAACACAACCCCGUUUUCUGAGCUGAAGGACAUUUGUUCGUCGCCUGAGCUAAACCCUGCCACUCCCGAGCCAGAGCCCUGUGUUUCAGAAUGUUCCCUGGAAUUGUGGUCUCCAGGCUCCCCCUGUGCAGUAAACGACAUUGCGUGUUUUGCAUCUCCAGAGGUGCAGAGCAGAAAUCUGUCACCUGAAAUCGCUGCUGCGGCUCAUUGUUCAUCUUUGCAAUCACAUUCAACGGAGCAACGAAGGAAUUCCACCUCACCUGGACAAAUGUACGCUGGCGUAUCACCGCAUGGCCUAAACACCUCACCACAUUCUGAAAUAUGUCACCUUUCCCCAGCUAGAGCCAAAAGUGGAACCAGUCGAUCCCCAGACGUCGUUAGAGAUGAAGGACAACAAAGGUCUCCUCUGCCUUCGAAAAGCGAAAGUGUAAGUCCUCGUGUUGAACCUGACUUAGAGGAUGAGGCACAACAAUGCACAGGUGCACCCGAAACGAAGCAAUACAGUCACAACAACCAACCAGCAAAAGGUCCCUCUCCUAAUUCCUCCAGACAAUACUCAUCCCCAUGGCAAGCAGACACCAAACAUAGAAAAGUUACAGAAACAAGCUCAGAAUCAACCACCCAUGAAAAUCUUUCCAGCUCAACAACAUUGGCACAUUUCGAAACUGCCCCUGAACUAAAACAGGAGCACAAGCAGGAGCGUGGUGGUGGUGGUUGGGAAGAAAGUGAGAGAUGGGAACCAGAUAUAUCAGAGAGACAAUCGGUAGGUAGCAGUGGGAGGGCAGCAGGCCAAACGGGAUUGACACGCAGUGGGGAAAACCCCACUGUCACCCACGAUGUUGACGAGAGUGGAGAGCAUGACCACUGGCCAUGCCAGGACAGGGAGGAGUAUAGGGACAGAGAAGAGGCAGAGAUAGAGGGCGACAGAGAGGGAGAGGGAGAGGGGGACGAAGAGGGGGAGAUUGGGCAUGAGCACAAGCACGAGGGUCCAGAGCAGAGUAAAGCGUCAGAGACGGGGGAAGGGAGGAGGAGCCGAGAAGCCGGUUACAGAGGGGAACAGGUUGAGCUGUCAUUCAGUGCCAGGAAUAGACGAGGGCCUGCCAGCAGUAGCAGCCACAGCCAGAGCCACAGCACAGCUCCCACCACCACCAGCACUAGGAGCAGAGCUCCGAAGCCGGGAAUUCCUUCAAGCAGUUAUUCAGAGUGGCUUGUCGAAACUCGACAGCAACAGCAACACUACCAAGAGCAGCAGAGUCACAGUCAGAGUCACAGUCAGACACAGAUCAGAGCUCACGCUCUACAACAGCAACAGCAGCAGCAGCAGCAACAGGAGAGCAAGGGCGGUGCAGUCAGAAGGCUAAAAUCGGUCCACAACAGGGUCCACAACAACAACAACAACCCCACAGGGUCGGCACAGGGCCGCCUCCCCGCAGGCUACAAAGGCGAGAACUCCGGCAGCAUGGGCAGUGAAUUUGACGAUGUUGACAACGAGGUGAAGUGGCUGACAGACCAAGCUUUCAGCAGCCUGUCGGGUCCCCAGGUGGAUUAUCUGGACAUGUACAACUCAAGCCACAGGUCGUCUACCAAUGUCUCAAUGCCCUCGACGCAGGACAGCCCAGGUGCGGCGGCAUGGAUGUCCUACGCCGACCUCCGUGGCUCGGCGCAAGGGGAAUUUGAUGAUGCUGUUCCACGUCAGCACUCCUACGUGCCACCAUUUGGGGAUUUAGAUCCAUCCAGGCGGUUCGAGAUGGGUAGUUUUGAGUGUGUGGAUGUGGCUUUGGAGAGCCGUGAGGAGGUCAGGAAAGGGAAAAGGACUGUUCCCAAAAGACAGAUUCAGCUCAAGAGACGAGACAACAGUGGAACAAUGGAAGACACAGACUUUGCUUUGGAUUCUCCAUCUGCUGUUAGACGCAACAAGGGUGGUCUAGUGCGACAGCGCAGCACACCUGUGAGCAUUGAGGAGGAUGACAUGAUGGCAGAGGGACAAGAGCCUGAACCAGGUGACCGAAAGGAGAGGAUGGAGAGGUCACCUUCCCUGGAGGAGCCAUCAUCCUGCAAAACAAAAAUCGCUUCUUGCCUCAUUAAGAAUGUGCUGUCGAAGAAAAUGCAUACAAAUUCCGGCACAGCUGUACGUAGCAAAGAUGACACAAGUCCACAUGAAGACACAAACAAACCUUUGGACAGCAUAACCCCACCUCCUGAGAAGGAAGGCUUGAGAGUCGAACGUGCCAGCCCCAGCCAAUUUUCUGACACCAGUGUGCCAUCUGUGAACCUAUCUCUCAAGGAGGCUCCGAGUUCACCCAAAGUGGCGCCCAAGGUUCCUCCAAAGCCACGGCACUACACUCUGCCUCCCCUUCCUCAGGAUGUGUCCACAUCAAGGCCCGAACCACGGGAACACAGAAGCUCAGCAGCCAGGAGAGAUAGAACCAGUCCUUUGGAUGACCCUUUAGGGGGCAAGAAAAUUGAGAGGCAGAGGGGUGGAAAGCAGGUGGCUAACGGUAAUCCCAGAGACAAACGCAGUAGCGGCAGCCGUGACUCAGCGAAUGUCGGUGUCGGGAACACGGGCACAGCUGCCACCCGAGCCUCGGGCAUGCCAGGCGGAAUGACAAACAGGGAGCUGGAGCAGGAGGAAUGCCACGCGAGACCGGAAAAUCAUAAACAACGCGGUGGCAGCGGCAGCAGCAGCAGCAGCAAGAGUGUGUUCAUGUCCAAAACACAAGAAAUAAUGCUGAAGCCUUGCACGCCCAAAGUGACAAGAAAACAAACCUCUGUGAAAGUGCCUUCGUCUCCUGGUCUGGAGAGAAGAACUAUUAGUCUCAGUGACAGUGAGGAAAAAGCGCAAGAAGACAAACAAUUUGAGGGGUCUGAAUAUAGUUUAGACGCAGAGCAGAUGGAGGAAGAUGAAUGUGAAAUUAGCAAAACAAAGAGACCUAUGCAUGUAGUGAGAGACGUGAGAAGGCUUGUUAAAAAUACAUAUAGUCUUUCUUUCAAAGCUGCUGCUGCUGCUACCUCGAGUUCUGCUCCCUCGCCACAUGACAGUGAGCCACCAACUCCAGAGGAACCGAUACCCCUCAAACCUGCCCCAAUGCAGAUUGAGUGCAAAGCGAUCAGCAAUAAGGAAAGCAAAGAGCCGCAGCGAGAAAAUGACAAGUCUGCACGCACAUCACUGACCCCUGUACGUCAGGAGUCUACAAAAUCAUAUCAGCCACCCAAAGCAUCACCUAAGAUUCCUCCAAGGAUAAUUGAACUCAAGCCAUCUACUUCAGAGGUGCCAAUCAAAGAAGCCAACGCUAUUGCCAGGGGAACAGAUGAUGACACUGCUUCAGUCACAUCCAAUCAAAAGGAGGAGGUCUUGUCUGAAACGUCCGGUCGACACCCAAAACUGGGAAGUAUACCCAAAGUGCCAAGCAAGGACAGGGAGGUGUCAAAACUUGUAUUCCAGCCAGAGGGCUCGGCGAAAGGCACUGUGCCCCCAGAUGCCCCUCCCUCCCCUUGCUUAUCGACUGCAGCCAGCAGCCACUCCGUGUCAAUGAUUAUGAAGGAAAAGGGAAUGCAGGCUGACAUCGGGGUAUGUGAGGUCAGCGUCAGCGAGAACACUGGCCACAGCACUUGUAAGCACAUCAACAGGAUCGAGGUGCCCGUGCAGACAGCCUCGGUGGAUGGCACCACAUCGACAGAGACAAUCAGAGGAGAGGGAGCGGCAACCAUCCGUCAGUCUCCCACCGCCUCUCCCAGACUCGGCACAGGUCAUGCUAGGCCUGAACUCAAGCCCUGGAACUCUCCGAGGCUGGAUAGGAGACUACCCAAGGUCACAUUUGAAGAGAAUCGUAGACAGGGACUGCUGUCUGAGGAGGUGCGAGAAAGGUCUGACGUAGCAUCUAUGCAGGUUAAUAGUGUCAAGAAGGCAGCAGCUUCACCACUGAUAACCCGGAGAAGCCAAGCUUUCACAGAGGGGAAGUCAGAGGGUCAAGGGAAUACGUCCACACUGCAGAAAACGUCUAAAGAGAUAGAGUUACCUAUACAGGUUAGGUCCAUAUCGUACGACAGGCCUAAGCCAGUGCUCCCUACCAAACCAAGCUGCAAACAGCCCAUGAUAGAAAUAAAAUCGAUCUCGCACGACCGAUCAAAAGCACAAACUUCAGUGGAUCACAGUCAGAGUGUGGAGGAGCACACAAGGUUUGAAAUACUAGGUGCUCACGGUGAAACGGUGUCAAAACCAUCACCACCAGUCCACACGAAUAAACUAGCAGUGUCUGCUCGAUCAAGCUACAGGCCUCCUCCUCCCGCUAACAAAAUGGCCGCCGUGUCCAGCCUGACUCAGACAACAGCUGCCUUUGAAUCCCACAGCAACAAGCAGCUACAUGCCACGGCUGCUACCUCUACCGCUACAGCUGCUACUGGCUCUGCCAUCUCAUCAUUCAACAGACCUCAGAUGCCAACUGUCUCCACAUCAAAGGUCUCAGGCCCAUUAGGUAACCCAGGCGCUGCCAACAUGCCAUGUACCACCACUGCCCAGCAACAGGUGAUGCAAGCCGCCAGCUCCAGCGGCUCCGUGCAAACCGUGGAGCCACUCACAGUCCAGGCCCCCAGCUACACCCAGCAACUAGCCAUGAGCUCAUUCGCCAAUCCGGCCCACGGCGAGAACGUUCAUCAUUUCUACGCGUCGGACGAUCCACCGAGCUACGACGACCGGGAGAGUUUCAGCCCGUAUCAGCUGCCGGACUUGCCUCCGCGUCGCUCGAACAGGUACCAUCCAAACUCCCGUCCUCCACCAUGCAGCGCUUGCAGCGCGAACUGCUCCUCUCACCUGCCUGGACACGGGCAUCAUCCCCGGGUCAGUCCGCACGCCCGCACGCCCCCAACGGCUCCACACUCCCCUGGAGGCUCUCUGCCCUACCCCGGGGUCCCUCCUCAAGCACAGGUGCGUCCUCACCAGUGCAGGCUACCUGGAGACGGUCAGCCCAUGAGCAUCUACAAACCAGCCUCGCCAAAAGGCCCCAUGCUGAAUCCUGCCCAGCAGCAUCAGCAGCCACCACCGCCCUCGGCCAUGUAUCAGCCUCAUCAUCACCCACCCCCAAACACCCAUCCAGGGCCUAUGAUGCAGUCGCUAGGAGACGAGCGCCAGCCUCCUCCUCCUCCCGGGCAACACGGGGACCGCCGUGGACCGCUCCAUCACCCGCCUCCACCUCAGCAUCAGCAACAGCAUCAGCAGUCGCAGCAGCCCCCACCUCCACAGCCAAUGGCAGGGGCUAGCGGCAGACCUUACGGCGACCACCUCCAUUCCUCCAACAUGGGCCCCAUGGAGUCCAGACCCCCAUACCUGUGCAGCCCGCAAGAUCUUGCCUCGUCGUACGGACCAGAGUAUGACGAUGCAUACGGGCCUGAUGGCGCGUACGGGCAGGGUCCUCGACGCGUGCUUCUAGACCCCGACACAGGGAAGUACUUCUACAUCGAAGUACCCAUGCAGCCACUGAGGAAGAUGCUGUUCGAUCCGGAGACGGGGACAUACGUGGAGGUGCUCAUCCCACAACAGGCUCUAUCGCACUCGGGCCUGUACCCCCCUCCUGCCCCUCCACCACCUCCUCCUCCACCUGCUGCACCCUACUCCUCCAUGCACGGUCCAAGCAUGUACGGCCCUCAGUACCUCCCUUACCCCAUGGGCCCACCACACCCCCAGGCCACCCACGGUCCUCCUCCUCCCCGAAAUCCCGAACCCCACGUGCCCACCACGUUACACCAGGGCGGCAUGGGCUACGGCAACCCGGGAGGCCCAGUACCGAAGUCUGCGGCGGAGCUGCAGAACCAGCCACCUCCUAUGGAUCCGGGAUACCUGGACAGCAUGUAUUAUAUUCCCUCGGGAAUGAACGCCAGCCCAAACAGUGGCCCCUCAGACUGCUAUCACAAGCCCUCAAACAUGCCUACGUCGGGGAGUAGAAGGUCUUGAUCUGAUCUGAAAAAAAUGGACUUAAAUCGUUCCUAUAUGCAAUAAUGCAAUACGUUUUGAAAUCCAAAAUGUUCAAAUAUGGGAGGCUGUGCCACCCGACUUAAAAUGCUAACUGUAUGAGUUACGACAAAAAUGUUUGUCCAUUUUAGAUGGGCCUGUGCUGUGUAUCAAAGCUGUAUAAUAGUGCCACUUUUCCUGUUUAGUAUCUUUCAAACUUUCAGUACUGAAAAUACAUGGAAGUAUAAUCCGAAUAUAUACAUUUACCUUAUUUAAUUUCAUGGUGGUUAUUUCCUCUUUAUGAUGGGUUUUGGUUGUAAACACUGCAGACAUUUUUCACCACAGCAUUUCAGCGAUUGUCAAUUGUAAUUGACUCAAUGAAAAGCCACAUGUAGGCCUAGAUGUAGGAGGGCAGUUGGUAAAUAUCUAAAAGUUUAAAUAGGCCUACAAUUCAAAAUGAGGUGAUUUGUCUGUUACUGCUCCUGUAGCAAGUUGGUUAACAUAAUUUUAAAUUAUUGACAAGUCAUAACAUUACAAACAGUCUAUUUCAUAUGGGGAACACAAUGGUAUCACAUCAGUAGUAACUUAGUUGCCACUUUCAGAAGCACUUUCAAAUUGUUUGUUUUCCAGAAGGAAUGCCAUUUGUGUGUACAGUACACUUAAGCAGUAAGUUUCCUUAUAAACUGAGUAUGUUCAUAAAUUAAGUUGCUGUGCAGAGCUAUAAUGUUUGGAUAAACAUUUAACUGAUUCAUCAAUUCACCAUUAUCACCGCUUAUUAUCUUUAUCUGCAAGUAAAUGUUUUGUUCAAACACCAAUAAU